CCUGUCCGGUGCUCGGACGCGGAGCCGGGGAGAGGGGAAUGUGGUAGAGAGGCGCCCGCCGCCGUGUGUUCGACCCCCACCGACUCCGCGGCAGCGCGCGCUCGGGAGAGGCCUGCGGGUUCGGGCUUCCACCGGGCUUGCGUAGAGCCCGACGCCGUCAUCAGAGCGUCGGAGGACGGCCGUGACGGGCCCGUGGAGGGCAGAGGCAUGGAACGGAUGGAAGUGGACCAGUGCGCAGGCGCAGCUGGCGGGGCGGGAGGCGGGGCGCUCCGCAGGUCGAACAGCGCCCCCAUGAUCACCAGUGUCAGCGACGGGAUGGCGAUGUUCAGUCCAGUGUCGUUGGCUCGGUACAGACGCAGCAGUGUGUCCAUCAACCCCAGCGGCCCUUCACAGCUCGUCCCUCUCUCUCCUUUCUCAGCGACCGCAGAGCGACCCGACCACAAGAGGCAGGAGGAGAACAUGGAUACGAUACUUCGAGGAAGUCUGCAGAGACUGAGUGCUUCCAGUCCGAUCCCAGGUCACCCAGUCAGUCAGUGGCACAAUCACACGUCAGUGUGGUCACAGGACAGCGGCGUCACCCCCAGCUCCUCCCCGAGUCCCCCCCGGAGGUUCAGACCAGCAGGGGGGGCCACAGUCAGAUCACCUGCGAUGACUCUGCUCAAGAGAAAAGGAGGGGCGGAGUCCGACGGACCCCCGAAGAAGCUUUUUGUUGCCGGGGUAACGGAUCCCGCCCACCGGAGCAGCAGCUACACCUUCAGCGUCUCUCAGGCGGCGGCGGACUCCCCCCCCGCAGGAGGCGUCAGUCCCCAGUCCUGCCCCCUGUCUCUGUCCCCUCCUCCCCCGUCCUUCACCCCCUUCGCCUCCCACCAGCACCCCAGACACUAAAGCCCCCCCUCUGCGUGUCGGUCGGUCGGAUUGUACAUAUCUCCUCUUCCUCUUCCGUUUGCUACGUUGAACUCGUUGCUCCUGAAGGUCAAACGAUGGUCAAAGACGACUUUGAUUGUGGAUCUUUUUAUUUCUAACGUAUCUGCUCU